CUCUCAUUGCAAUUCACGAUCCACAUCCUAUCCUCCUACUAGACUGGUGUGCACCACUGCAGCACCCUCGCAUCGUACAGCGCAGGCAGACGGCCUCCUUUGCGGCCUCGUCGUCGGGUCAAGCUUGAGGUACGGGAGCAAUUUUGCCUCCUUUGGCCCCUCCACCGUUCCAUCCGCCGUGUCUGGCACGCAAAGCCACCCUCGUUGCAAGCCGUCGCUUUCAUCCUCGCAACCAUCAUCGUCGUCGAAUUCUGUGCUCAGACAGUACUCUUCUGUGACGACUCCACACAGCGAUCUGGACGCUGGCAGUGCCGUACGUCAUCCAGCUGCAAACAGAGGCCUAAGCCAAUUGUUUCACAAGGUCUUUACUUCUCCUCCGCCUGCAGCAAUGUCUCUCGUACCCGUAUCCUCGCGAAAAUGGGAGGCCACACCCCCUGCCUCCUCUUCCUCAGAAGCUCGCGAUGUAACAGAUUACUCUUCCCUGGCCUCCUCAUCGUCAUCCUCCUCCAGCCACUCUCCUCGACCCCUCAUCGAUGAAGCUUUGUUAGAGCAGUCCUGGGACGACAUCGUGUCUUCCCGUAUCCCCUCGCGCUCCUCUGCUAAACCGGAUGACAGAUCGCUCUGGCAACAUUGGGUGCAAAGUACGAUUGACUCAAUGGCCGACGAGGACUCGACUUUCUUCCUUUCCUCGGCCACUGGACCGUCGAGGGAAAUCCGUCAGCAAGUUCCGGCCUUGUCUUAUCCACAGUCCGGACAAGGGAAACGGCAACGUGGUGGCUCCUCAGAGGAAGCUGCAAGCAGUCGAGCGAUGGGGGAGGCAAGUCGGCUAGCCUUCAAGAGUCCGAGCCAGCCAAGGGCUUAUCAGGAUGACCGAGCUCAGAAGCAAAAAUCGAGGUCGCCUCGGCGACGGACCGCCUCUGCGCCUAGUGGCGGGAGCGAUAGCGUUCCCAGAUGGGUUCAGGCCCUUGGCAGUCAGGUGGUCAGCAGCCAAACACAGCAGCAAGUGCCCUUCGAAGGUGGACCACCCGAUACACUUCCUUCCCAGACGCCCUUUCCUCCGCCACAAGCGCCGACUGCUCGACCUAUGCCAGGAGGCGGCAACAAUGACAGCGCUCUCAUCAUCCUCCUACCGCUGCUGGUGCUCCUCUCAACGCUGCUCUUGGUAUUGCUUCUUUUCCUCAUCCUGCUGAUUGUCAUACGCAGGAGAGCAAGGAUAGCUCUGUUGUCCAGUGAUGGCCCGCUGGACGUGGGCCGGGAAGAGGAGCUUGAGGGUACAGGCGGACUUGAGGGUCUUGAGGAUCGCUGGCUGGAGACGGUGGAUGAGCCCACUCGUCGGGGAUACUCUCGGGCCAAGGCUUGGCUCCUCUCCCAUCCCCCGAGCUCCACAGCUACAGAGAUGACAAUGUCACAACUUUUGUCCAUCCAGGAGAAGGGCGUCUCGGCAUGGUCUUUUGAACCAGAUUACGAGGCGAACUCAUCCUGCUAUGUCGAAGCUCGUACGGAGAUCACCUUCGUGGCCGAUGGUCAGGGCAUGGCACCUCAAGAAGGUGGUGGCUGUUCUGUUCAGAGCAAUCUCCCUCUCCCAAAGAUCAACGAAGUGUACUACUGGGAGGCUAAAAUUUUCACCAAGCCAGAGACGACGACGAUCUCCGUCGGUCUAGCUACCAAGCCUUACCCCUCUUUCCGUCUACCUGGAUGGAGCAAGUACUCGGUCGGCUUCUUCUCUUCGGACGGAUUCAAGUGCCACAACUACCCUUUCGCUGCUCAGUCCUACGGCCCAGCAUACGUGCAGGGAGAUGUCAUUGGGAUCGGAUACCGUCCGCGAACCGGAACGGCCUUCUUCACUCGCAAUGGAAAGAAGCUCGAGGACGCCUUCGUCGGACUCAACCGCUACAAUCUCUUUCCAACCAUCGGAGCCAACGGGCCUGCUGAAGUCCACGUCAAUCUCGGCCAGGCUGCAUUCGUCGUCAUCGAAGCGAAUGUAAAGAAGUGGGGUUUGGCUCCGAUGAAUGGGACUCUGGGUCCUCCCCCAGCAUAUGGCCAGGAGAGGGGUAGCAUCCUAAUUGAAGCAGGCCAGAGCUCGUCAGGCGGCAGGAUGACGCCACCGCCACCGGUGUCACCACCUAGGAGUGAGGCUGGAAACAGUCAGGGGCUGCAGAUUCCGUACGGUCAUGGCCGCCGUCGGCGAGGCAACGAGAGUAGGAGAGGGCGACAGGCGAUCAAUGCUGCGAGUCAUCAAGCAGGCGUGAUGGCCGAGCAGGAGGCAGCAGAGCGGGAUCGAGAGCGUCAGGAGGAGGAAUAUUCGAACCCCGGCAGAGAGAGGAGGGCUUCGACCUCGUCUUCCAUCUCUGAAGCCCCUCUCAAUCCGCCCACACCGGGUCACCUCGAUAUCAGCCUGCAUUCGCUAAGAGGAAGCCAUCGCAUGGGGGGCAGCAACGAGUCAUUGUCACCCUCGGAGGGCAACAGCAGUCGUAGUAGCAAUACACUGCGGCUGCAAAUGCACACGCCACCGGCCUCUGGACCGCCGAGUGGCCAGGACACUGGCAGCUACUUCCCGCCGACGCCGACGCGUCGCUCUGGAGGAGGUCAGGAGGGUCCUCUUGGAGGCAUCACUGCCACUCGAUCCGUCUCUCCUCCGCCAUACAGCGAGAGGACUUCUUCCACCCUCGCGGCUCCUCCUUUCACCUCUCGGGACUCUGGCAACUCUUCUCCCUCUGGCUCCCUAGGCGGGACAUCCGAGUCGGGCCACCGAGCUCGAAGGACAUCUGGUCGUACCCACAGGAUUGCCAGUAGCGUCUUUAGCGUUCUGGCCGACCUGCGUGGGGAGGGUAGUGGACAGGGGGAUCUUGAGUCACGACCAGCUCGCGCUCAGCGCAAUGCCUCUGAGCUCGAGUACGAGAGAUCGGUGAGCGCUAGUCGUGACAGAACCGGGACUUCAGCACAGCAGCAGCAACAGCAGCAGCAGCGAGCCAAUACAUGGGGUGAGGCUCUGGCAGGCUGGUGGUUUAGCAGUCCAGCAAGGUGAUGGAGGAGCUGUUUUGCCCAUAGCUUUGCUUUCUCUUCCUCCGCUUCUUUACCUAUGCUAUUUUAUGCGUGUCACUCGUACACUUCGAGGAGACUUUAAUACAUUGUACAUUGCUUCUCUAGAUGUGAUAUAUGCCACUAUACUGUUUGC